AUGAACAGGAGUGGAAAUGGGAAAGGCGAAAAAUUAGCCUAUGCAUAUCAUCUUCAACAGUUAGUCAGGACUUCUUUCGUAACCGGUAACAAUGAGACAAUUAUAAAGGCCAACUUCACAAAAGCUGCUCGUGCCUUUGAAGAAUGUUCCCGAUUGCCACAAGCGGCUACUUGUUAUGAGAAUAUUAACAUGUUUAGAGAAGCUGGUGAACUUUAUUCUGAAUCAAAUAUAUUUGGAGAUGCAGCGUGUUAUUAUCGUGAGGCCGCUGAUAUGCUAAACCGUUCAGUUGAUGAUGACGAGAAUACAAUUGAUGCUACUCAGUACCUAUUACGGCUAUGCAGAAUUAAUGUACUGAAAGAGAUAAUUACAGAUUUCACAAGCUUAAGUACCAUGCAGGAAUUGAAUAGGCUUCAAACCAAAGCGGACAAGUCCAUCUCAAAAAUUAUAAUUCAAACUGAACUAUCGAAGAGUCUGAUGGAGGAAUCUCGGUUAUAUAUCUUUUAUUUAAAUAAGAAUCUCAGUAAAGUCUACGAGUGCAGACAAUUUUUCAUGAAGAAUCAAGUGCUUUCCACUGAGAUUAUUGCAAUAAUCAUGUGGCUGCAGAUCCCCUCACCAUCUGAAAUUAAUAUCAAAUAUUGGGAUGAAAGGUUACAAUGCCUGCUGAGAUUGUGUAAUUUGGCCUUUCUCUAUAUAGCCACACAAAAAAAUGAUGACAUUACAAAAAUCUUGAAAGAAUUCAUGGAUAUUUUUUUCGGAAAAAUACAAAACCCUCAGAAACUGAAAAUUUCCUUUUACAACCCUCUUUAUUACCUUAUGGACAUCAAGCAUAAGAAUGAAGCAAUUACAGACAGUUGGAUGAUUUGUGACGUUGAUGUUGUGUAUCAGUCAAUUACGAAGUUCCUUAUCACAUAUAUCUAUGAUCGUAUUUCGAAAGUCGGUCAGGAUGGUAAAGACAAUCCGAAUAAACUUGCAAGACUUCAAUACACUGUGGUGCGACAGUUGGAUGUAUUAUACCGUCACGGACUUCUUUGUAAAGAAUUUCUUGAUUUACAAAAUUGGUGGGCUGAGAAUCUCGUUGAAUGUCAUAUACGUUAUCAAUCACUAUAUACAAGCUGCCCAGAGGUUACUUACAUGGCUCUUGCCAAUCUUCCUAUUCACGUUCGUGAUGGUCUUAUAAAUGAAGCUUACAAGAAAAGGUUAUUUAAUAAGUCAAAGAAUGCUAACGAUUUUGAUGUUAUGUUAAAAUACAUGUUAGUUAUUCAACAGCUGCAUGACAAAACGGUUAUCGAAGAGUUCAAUCGGGAGAUGUCGAAAACUAAAGUACUUGCACACCCUAACGAUCUGACCGUUGGGUUUGAAUAUUACUGUGGAAAUUAUCAAGCGAUUCCAGUUGGAAGAUAUCUCUCGCAAUUUUUCUCUUUUCUUUAUAAUAAUAAAGUGAUUUCCGCAAUAAUAAGUUCAAAGUCAUUUAUUAAUUAUGCCUUAAUAAAUAUUAAACAAGUCAACCUGGUUUCAUCCGAAUCUCUUGGAGAUCUUACAUCUCUCGUGGAAUUUACAACUUCUUUGAUUUUCGCAGUUGGUCAAAAAUAUUGUGAUUUGUGUCUUCCUCGAGCCUAUCUGAUUAAUUACUUUGAAUCAUUUACUGCGAAACCACUCAUUCCAGAUCGAUAUACUUAUAGCAGAAAGAACUAUCUGUCUGCAAUCAAUAAUACGAUUGAUCAAGUUCAACAGCUUCUCGACCUAUUGUUUUGUAAAGAACAGGAUUAUUUGACAAUAAUCCUUCGUCUGAUACGGCUUUUAAUUCUUAUCGGUCUAAAUGAAUCUAAGUUUGAGCAAAAUAUCCUUAAUCUUUUCAAACAAUUUAUUAGUAAAUACGAAAUCUUUUCUACAAAAAUCAAGAAAUACUUAAAAGAAGACGAUUUUACACAUCUCGAAAUCAUUCUACAUAACGAUCUCAAGGAGAAAUGCUGUGACUCUUUGGUUUUCGUACAUCAUCAAUGUAUAAGCCAAUCGAAAUUUGCUUUCAUCAAAAAGAAUGGUAUCAAAAGUCUUAAAUAUAAUUCUAUUGAGGAAUUCCGUUUCUCCCUUCGAAAGAUAAUAUCCUCCGUUACCGAAAUUCCGGAAGAUAAACUAGCCUUGCUUGAUUCUCUCGUUGAAAGUUAA